CAAGCACAUUUUGUUCCGCGCAUGCGCCCCAGGUCGAAAGGGGCUGCCGCGGGAGUCUCCGUUCGUCCCCUCACACGUGUCUGGACGAUGGUGGUCGCGUGCCGGCUCCUGCUCGUGCUGGGGCUGCUGACCGGGGCGGCGCUUGCCGCCCGAGUGGAACAGAAGCGGAAAAAGACCACCCCCCGCACCACCACCACCCCCGCGCCCACGGAAAUCAGGCGCCCCGGCAACAGGCUGCCCACCAUCGACGGAAGGCCCAAGCCUGACGGUAUUCCUGUGUCCAGAGAGGGUUGCUCUCCCCCGGAAGUGAUGUUGAACGGAAGUGCCGUGCCCGGUGGAGGGGGAGCCACCGACUUCUCCAGUGUGCAGGAGGUGCAGUUCUUGGGAGUCAUCGGGCCCCUUGAGCAGAAACGUGUCUGCAAGAUCAAGUGCCUCAACGGAGUCUGGGUCGGACCCUUAUGCACUAUAGAUCAAGACAGCAAGAAAUUUCAACCCAUGCUACGCCCUUGCUUUUUGGGUCCUCCUCCACCUGAUGUGUUGAUGUCGUUUGAGGGACGUCAGUUGACCUUGGAGAACGAGGUAGCUUUGCCCCAUGGAAGUUUGGUGGAACUGCGGUGCACCCAGGUCGGCACCUAUAAGUUCGUGGGCCAACCGGCCAUCCGAUGUGGGAACGGACAAUGGUCAGCCCCUCUUCCGGUCUGCCAAGUUACCUCCAUGCAGAAAAAUUUCUCCACGGAUGUGCCUCCGACAAUUGUGUACAACGUGGUGUCCGGAGACGCGGGAAUCUCAAAGGCGGGAGAAGUGGUUAUUCUGCCCAACUCCAUCAUUCACUUUGACUGCCUACUCCAGAGGCAGGAUGGAAACCCGAAUUGGACAUGGACAGCCACACACAGGCAAUAUCCUAGCGCUUGGGCCAUAGCCAUAGAAGAACGUAGUUGGAAGUACCGUCUGUCCAUUUACUACGCAAGAGAGACUGAUGAUGGAACUUUCAUUUGUACCACUCCGAAAGGACAUUCCAAUGACGUGCGUGUUAGAGUAAGAGAUGUGCAGUGUCCUGCCAUCGAAUCCCUGGAUCGCAACCGGGUGAUGGCUGUGGAGGGCAACCGGAUGCACAGCCAGGCGAGGUUCGCUUGCAUGGAAGGAUUCAACCUGGUGGGACCGGAAGAGAUCACUUGCACUGCCGAUGGAGCCUGGUCGAGGGAACCACCUCGCUGCGAAGUUAUCCAGUGUCCGCCACUGAUAUUGGAAGACCAACAUCUGAGAACGGAAUCUCAUAAUCGAACGUAUGGCUCUCGGGUAAUGUUCUCCUGUCCUACAGGCUAUAGGCUAGUAGGCAUCCCCGUCAUCAUUUGUCUCAAGAACCAGACGUGGUCGGAUUCUACUCCAAGUUGCGAUGCCAUCGAAUGUGCUCCUCCCUUAGCCCCAAGCAACGGUCGAGUGUUGGACAGCGGACGAUACCUCACAGGUGACUUCUUGCAAUUCACCUGCAAUGCUGGAUUUGUGAUAGUGGGAGAAUCCAUUACAGUCUGCAAUGACCAAGGAGAAUGGACCUUUCCGCCACCAACAUGUAAACCAGCGUGUGAGUUUCCCGGAGAGCCAGCGCAUGGUCAGGUGCUUCCCACAAAAUUUCACUAUGAUAUCGGUGAGAUGGUAACUGUGCAAUGUGAAAAGGGCUUCAGAGUCAUUGGAGCACCUCGGCUGAGAUGCACAGCCACCGGACACUGGUCCAGUCCACUAGCACAUUGCAGGCCAGUUGCCUCCUAAGGAGACAGUUUCUGCUGUUGAAACAAAAUGGUAUGAAGUGCUACAUCAUUAUUACCCAGUUACCUGGCAAAAAGUGGUGCAGAUCAUUCAACAUGUCACAAAGUGAUUUUGAGAAAUAAUUAUGCUCAGCAUUGAUGCAGCUCACUUAAUAAUGCAAGACAAAGAUCAACCUUCUGAGUUUCAGGUGUCACUGAACUGAUAUAAUUAGAAUGUAGGUGGUAAAUAUAUAGAUCAUGUAUAAAUGCAAUUUCAUAUUCAUAAUGCUACAAGGGCUACUAUAGGUUUUGGAAGUAACAGAACAAAAGAUGCAUUUGUUUGAAUUUAAAGUGUCUGCGGGAGGAAAAAUGAUUUUAAUAAAACAAAACAUAAUAUGCUGUAAAAUCUAAUUGAUUGAAAAUAGUUCACACCAUUACAAGAUAUUUUGCAGGAAUAUUUUCCAAAAACUACUGGAACAUGCAGAGAAAAACAUUGCUCAAAAAAAAAAAAAAAAAAAA